GCAGAGCUCCCGUGGUAGCAUCCAAGCACCCGAAAGUUGAAUGACUGAAUUCUGUCAAGACUUGGCUCCCUGCAGUUCGGAUACCGAUCCGCUGUACAGGGUGAGGCUGUAUGGUGCGGAAGUUUAUUCUUCCCCGGGUUGUCCGGGAGCCUCACCACUGCCAAUGUAGCCGAAGAAAUUGGGGCUUACCGCCCUCGACUCAUAUUUCAAAGUAUAUUCCAAUGUAUCCUCAGUUUGGCGUCUAAAAGGCGAAGCGCCUUGGCGCCACUUUCCGUGGCAGUCGUUCGUUUAUGGAGUGGGUGGCUGAACUCCCCCUGCGCCAGCCCAUCUCGCCUCGUCUCUCAUGGGCGGUCGCUCACGCUACUCUGGCAUUCGCAGUGGUGGACUUCGCACGGCUAACCGAAGCCAGCUGUGCAACCAUGAAAGCUUGAAAUCAGUGUACUUACCGUGCUUGGCAUAUGGAGACCGACUACCGGUGUGCUCGAUGAUGUGCGGGAGACACGAUCCGAACGUCCAGGAUGCAGAUGUGACGAUACUUUGGACGGCAUACGAGGCCUGGCCGUCCACUCGAGUCGAUUUUUGUGACGAUCGUUUCCUAUUUGCAGGAAGCUUCAUGGAUCCUUCGGCUAGAAGGCACCAUCCGGUAGACCGCGAUGCAUUCAGCACCAGCAAGGUCGACCACGAGCUGGAAAUUAUCUUAGCCGCUGGAGAGAUGGCCAGUUAGUUAUCAAGGAUGGUGAGUAAUGACGAUCUUCACCGUUCUCAGCAAUUUCAACAGAGGAGAGCGCAAGAUCUCAACUAUAUAAGUAAGGCCAUCCUCUGUCUCUUGAGCCUAUUUCUCUUCUCUCAUCUGCAUCAUCACCAGCUCCAGCUUCUAUCAGCAGUCUUCAGUCUUUAGUCAAACAUUCACUCCACUAUCCAAUUUUUGGGUCUUCUUCCCAGCGCCAGGAUGCAGCUGUCCACUCUCAUCCUCACUCUCAUGGCCUCGCUCGCCAUUGCUGUUCCCACCAACACCGGAGGCGGUGGUGGUGACGAUGGCGACUGUGGGUGCGAUGACGGCGGUGACAACGGCGGCGGCGGCGGCGGCGGCGGAGACAACGGUGGCGGCGGCGGCGGCGGUGGUGGUGGUGGUGGUGGUGGUGGUGGCACUACCCCUAUUGCCUUCGCCCCUUGCGAGUCGGCUCUGCUCUACUCGCAGCCUCAGUGCUGCUCUACUGACGCUCUUGGUGGCGUUAUCAACCUGACUUGCGCGACUGUUUCCGAGGCUCCGGCGGAUGCCGAUGACUUCAAGGGCAUCUGCGCCUCCUCUGGACAGACCGCCAAGUGCUGCACCAUCAGCCUCCUCGGACUUUCGGUCCUCUGCGUCGACCCGGUUGGUGUCUAAGAGGCCUCUGGACUGCUACAGGAAACUGUGGAGUGAAAAUGGUGCAGGGAGAUCGUAUGGAAUAUCUUCAACUGGAAGAUGUACAAGAACACAUGGCAUGACAAUGCCCUGUCUCAUCCACUCUUUUGGCUUCUGCUGGAGACUAGUUGGCAAAGUAUGUCUGGUAGUUUGCUAGUGAUCUCUUGAUUUGUUUAAUUAAAUGUUUAUUCUCAUUGG